UGAUACUUUUGGGUAGGUAGUGGUAAAGAUUGAAAUAUGGCUGCUAAAACAUAUAGAAUUGUUAUUAAAUUAGGGACUUCGUCCUUGGUGGAUGAAGUUACCAGAGAACCAAGGAUUUCAAAUAUGUCAAAUAUCGUGGAAACUGUUGUUAGACUUCGUCGUGCUGGUCAUAAGAUAAUUAUUGUUUCAUCGGGUGCCAUUGCUUUCGGGAUGAAGAGAAUGGGCCUUUCAACCAAACCAUCUAAGUUAUCGGAGAUUCAAGCUUUGGCGUCUGUGGGCCAAUCUCGACUUAUGGCAUUAUUUGAUGAUUUAUUUAGACAACUUGAUCAACCAGUGGGUCAAAUUUUGAUCACCAGAAACGAUAUAGUGGAUUUCACCCAAUACAAAAAUGCCACUAAUACUAUAAAUGCAUUGCUCGACUCUGGUACUAUUCCAAUUGUUAAUGAAAAUGAUGCAUUAUCAGUGGCAGAAAUUAAGUUUGGUGAUAAUGAUACUUUAUCUGCAAUUACUGCUGGUAUGAUUCAUGCUGAUUACUUAUUUUUAAUGACUGAUGUUGAAUGUUUAUAUGAAGAUAACCCUAGAACAAAUCCGGAUGCUAAGCCAAUUCUCCUUGUAGAUAAAAUUACUGAUUUAUCAAUCAAAACUGACACUGAAGAUGCUGGAGCUGGUUCAAAAGUCGGUACGGGUGGUAUGACAACAAAAUUAAUCGCAGCAGAAUUAGCCAACAGUGUUGGUGUCACCACCAUUAUUACAUUGUCGACUAUGCCUCAACAUAUAUUAGAUAUCGUAUCCAAUAUUCAAGAAUUAGACGGAACUUCUAAAAGUAUAGAAGAGCAAAUUGAAUUCAUGAAAUCCGAAAUCGAAAAAAACAGCAUUCCAUUACACACGAGAUUCCUUGCAUUACCACGUAGUACCCAAAUUAGAUCUGAUAAAAAAUUCUGGCUUCUCCAUGGGUUGAAAACAAGAGGUUGUCUAAUCAUUGAUCAAGGUUGUUAUAGAGCAUUAACCCGUAAAAAUAGAGCUGGGUUACUUCCAGCUGGUGUUGUUCAUGUUGAAGGAUCUUUCCACGAAAGUGAAUGUGUGGCAAUCAAAGUCGUUUCGGAUAAGUCAAGCCCAAUAUCCGAAGCAGUUGAAGUUGGCCAAUGUAGAGUCAAUUAUAGCUCGACCGAAAUCCUGUUGAUUAAAGGCUUGAAAAGUAACGAAAUCGAAAGCACCUUGGGUUUUGCUGAUAGUGAAUACAUCGCUCAUAGAGAUAACUUGGUGUUUUCUCCUUCUUUAUUUUCUAAUUCGAAUUCUUCAGUUGAUUUGAAAAUAUAACAUAAUACACUGC